GAGUUACACGCGCUACAGUCCUGCGCUGCCUGCUGCUGGGUGUCGCCAUCUUGUCUUUCCCUCAGCGUGCGGGGCGCCAUCUUGUGCCCUCUUGAUGAAUGAACGGCGCCGCGAAGGAGUAAGUCCAUCCGGUUUGGUCCGCUGCUUCGUGUCUCGGCGUGGCCAGCCAUGGAGACCAGCACCGCCUGUUUUUUCUUCCUUCUCUGCGUGGGGAGCGCCCUGACGGCCCCGGAGUUGUUCAAUGAAGAAGUAAAGCGGACGGUGGACCUCAGCACACACCUGGCUAAAGUGACGGCUGAGUUGAGCCUGGCCAAUUCCGCGGGGGGCUCCGGGUCUGCCACCUCCUUCCUCCUGGCUUUGGACCCCGGCCUGGAGAGCCACCUGGCCUACCUGGGGGUGCAGGUGAAAGGUGAGGAAGAAGAAGAUAAUACUUUGGAGUUGAAGGAGACAAAGGUAAAAGGUAGAAGUGGCAAAUUCUUCACUGUAAAACUGCCAUCUCCUUUGGCUCCAGGUGCAAAGAUUCGGUUAUCUGUUGAAACAGUUUUUACACAUGUCCUGCAGCCAUACCCAAUUCAUAUCACCCAGGCAGAGAAGCAGUUUGUGGUUUUUGAGGGUAAUCAUUAUUUUUACUCUCCAUAUCCAACCAAGACCCAAACUACUCGUGUGAAACUAGCCUCAAGGAAUGUAGAAAGCUACACCAAACUAGGCAAUCCCAGUCGGUCAGAGGACAUGAUUGAAUAUGGACCCUUCAAGGAUGUUCCACCAUACAGCGAGGACAUCCUUAAAGUACACUAUGAAAACAACAGCCCGUUCCUGACUAUCACUAGCAUGACACGUGUCAUUGAAGUUUCCCACUGGGGUAAUAUUGCUGUAGAAGAGACUGUUGACUUAAAGCAUACAGGAGCUGUUCUCAAAGGGCCUUUCUCCAGAUAUGACUACCAAAGACAACCAGACAGUGGAAUAUCUUCUGUGAAGUCUUUUAAGACUAUCCUUCCUGCUGCUGCUCAAGAUGUAUAUUACAGAGAUGAAAUCGGCAACAUAUCUACCAGUCACCUUCUCAUCCUGGAUGAUUCGGUGGAAAUGGAGAUUCGCCCUCGUUUUCCCCUAUUCGGCGGUUGGAAGACACAUUACAUCAUUGGUUAUAACCUGCCUAGCUAUGAAUACCUCUUUAAUCUUGGUGAUCAAUAUGCACUGAAGAUGAGAUUUGUUGACCAUGUGUUUGAUGAGCAAGUUACAGACUCAUUAACAGUAAAGAUAAUCCUUCCAGAAGGUGCCAAACACAUCCAUGUAGACAGUCCAUAUGAUAUCAGCCGGGAACCUGAUGAACUGCACUACACCUAUUUGGACACUUUUGGCCGCCCAGUCAUUGUGGCACACAAGAACAAUCUAGUUGAGCAGCACAUCCAGGAUAUUGUGGUACACUAUACCUUUAACAAGAUCCUGAUGCUGCAGGAACCUCUUCUGGUGGUUGGAGCCUUCUACAUCCUAUUCUUUACAGUGAUCCUCUAUGUGAGGCUGGACUUCUCCAUCACUAAGGAUCCAGCAGCAGAAGCUAGGAUGAAAGUUGCCUGUAUUAUAGAGCAAGUUCUUACUCUAGUGAAUAAGAGACUACGUCUGUACCGUCAUUUUGAUGAAGCUGUGAAUAAGUACAAGCAGUCGCGGGAUAUUUCCAACCUGAACAGUGGCAAGAAAUCACUGGAAACUGAACAUAAGGCCUUAACCAAUGAAAUAGCUUCAUUGCAGUCCAAGCUGAAGACAGAAGGCUCUGACUUGUGUGACAAAGUCAGCGAGAUUCAGAAACUUGAUAUCCAAGUCAAGGAGCUGGUUUUAAAAUCUUCUGUGGAGGCUGAACGGCUGGUUGUUGGCAAGCUUAAGAAGGAUACAUACAUAGAGAAUGAGAAGAUGCAUUCUAACAAGCGUCAGGAGCUGAUCACCAAAAUUGACAACAUCCUUGAUGCGUUAUAAGUUAGAAGUAAAAAGUUUAUGAAAGGGGUAAAAGGUUGAAUGGGCAUAUUGAGCCACACCAAGUUGGGAUGGGGGGAGGUGUGUCUAGCCUACAAAAUUGAGGCAAGGGAGAAGUUUUUGGAAAUUGCUUUCAAAAUUUGGGAUUUGUUACUUUAGGACCUGUUUGCUCUGCGAUACCUACUUUCUGGAAGAGGUAUGUUUAUAACAUGCCUUGGACUUAACUUCAAAGUCUGCUGAAAGGCCCCCUACUUACCAGGAGGGAAGCAUUCACACAGGUCCUCUACUGGCACUGAAUGUCUCAAUCAGAAUAAAUGCAACUGGCUUGUUUAAA